CCGUGGGGGCCUCGGAGGGCGUGGACACGGCGCCUGGGAGAGCUGGGUUUUGUCCUGCGGGCGCGGGGAGGGGGGGGACUCCCGAACCGGUGACCGGAAGUGAUCCUACUGACCGGAAGCGAGGCCCGAAGGGAAAGCGCGGAUGCCCUGAGGGAGGAGCUCUCCGCGAAGGGGGCGGAGGGGACGUUCCGAGCCGCGGGCGAGCUGCGGUCUGGGCUCCCGGGCUGCGUGCCGUGGGCGCCGGAGAGCCGAACUGCCUGCGCGGUCGGGACGCCUCACGCUCCCGAGAGCCGAGCGGGAGGGCUUUGGGCCCCGGCGCGCCUGACGGGAGCUUGGCUGGACGCGUGCUGCUGCUGCCUUUGGACGGCAGCCGGCGCCGGCUGGGGCAGGGAGGGAGCCGGGAUGGCCUGGGCUCUGAAGCUGCCUCUGGCCGAUGAAGUGAUUGAGUCGGGGCUGGUGCAGGACUUCGAUGCCAGCCUGUCCGGCAUCGGCCAGGAACUGGGUGCUGGUGCUUACAGCAUGAGUGAUGUCCUUGCGUUGCCCAUUUUUAAGCAAGAAGAGUCAAGUUUGCCUCCUGAGAAUGAGAACGAAAUCCUGCCUUUUCAGUACGUUCUGUGUGCUGCCACCUCUCCAGCGGUGAAGCUGCAUGAGGAAACCCUGACGUACCUCAACCAAGGACAGUCUUAUGAAAUCAGAAUGCUAGACAAUAGAAAACUUGGAGAACUUCCAGAAAUCAACGGCAAGUUGGUGAAGAGCAUAUUCCGUGUCGUGUUCCACGACAGGAGGCUGCAGUACACUGAGCACCAGCAGCUAGAGGGCUGGAGGUGGAACCGCCCAGGAGACAGGAUUCUCGACAUCGAUAUCCCAAUGUCUGUGGGUAUAACUGACCCCAGGGCCAACCCUACCCAGCUGAACACAGUGGAGUUCCUGUGGGACCCCGCCAAGAGGACGUCUGUGUUUAUCCAGGUACACUGCAUCAGCACGGAGUUCACGAUGAGGAAGCACGGCGGAGAGAAAGGGGUGCCAUUCCGAGUGCAAAUUGAUACCUUCAAGGAGAAUGAGAACGGGGAGUACACAGAGCACCUGCACUCGGCCAGCUGCCAGAUCAAAGUCUUUAAGCCUAAAGGUGCAGACAGAAAACAGAAAAUAGAUAGAGAGAAAAUGGAGAAACGGACACCCCAUGAAAAAGAGAAGUACCAGCCUUCCUAUGAGACAACCAUACUCACAGAGUGUUCACCAUGGCCUGAGAUCACCUACGUCAACAAUUCCCCAUCACCUGGCUUCAACAGUUCUCAUAGCAGUUUCUCUCUUGGGGAAGGAAACGGCUCUCCCAAGCACCAGCCGGAGCCGCCCCCUCCAGUCACGGAUAACCUCCUGCCAACGACCACGCCUCAGGAGGCCCAGCAGUGGCUGCAUCGAAACCGCUUUUCCACAUUCACGAGGCUUUUCACCAACUUCUCAGGGGCAGAUUUAUUGAAACUAACUAGAGAUGAUGUGAUUCAAAUCUGCGGCCCUGCAGAUGGAAUCAGGCUUUUUAAUGCGUUGAAAGGCCGGAUGGUGCGUCCACGGCUAACCAUUUAUGUCUGUCAGGAGUCGCUGCAGUUGAGAGAGCAGCAGCAGCAGCAGCCACAACAGAAGCAGGAAGAUGGAGAUUCAAAUGGUACUUUCUUCGUGUACCAUGCUAUCUACCUAGAAGAGCUGACAGCGGUUGAGUUAACGGAAAAACUCGCUCAGCUCUUCAGUAUUUCUCCUCAGCAGAUCAGCCAGAUCUACAAGCAAGGCCCAACGGGGAUCCACGUGCUCAUCAGCGAUGAGAUGGUACAGAACUUUCAGGAAGAAGCCUGCUUUAUUCUGGACACAAUGGAAGCAGAAACCAGCGAUAGCUAUCAUGUCAUUCUGAAGUAGGAGGAGCAUUCCACAGAUACUGGCUGUCGCUUCCUUCACCUCUGGAUGACUGCCCUUUUGAAGGGGAUGUGACUGGAGAUUGAAGGUCUUCAGGAACCUGCUCAUCUGGAUGUUGGGGCGCUGUGCAGGGCGACCAAGCUCUAAAGUAGAAUCCCAGCCAACACCCUGUAUUGGCUCCUCAGAUCACUGCCAGACAUGGGGUUCAGCAGCAGUUCCUAGUCUCUGGCCCCUGUUGAAUGCCAGUGAGAGCUCCCCGUCAUUAGGGUGUGUGGAGAGCACAGUGAUGGUGAGAGUGUGUGAUGUGUAAAGGAAAGAUGUUCACUUUUGUGAUGUACAACUCUGACAUUUUUCUAAUAUGAAAGUGAGCAUCUGUAUUCAUAAACCUCUUUCGUAUCGAGCACAUUGUCAGCUCUGCUCUGCUCUGCUCACAACUGACAGCUUCAUCAGUGAGGAGAAAUACAGAAGUUUUCCUCACCGCCCCCCCCCCCCCUUUUCUUUUUUGUGAGGCAGGGUCUCAGGUUCCUGCCUCUACCUCCCGAGAGCUGUGUUUGCCACCUUGCCUGUUUCUGCAGGCCUGGGCUUGCACUGGAGCCUCACCUGAGCUAGUCAAGCCCUCCUCCAGCUGAGCUCCAGCAGGCCCCUCCUUUCUCUUAAGACAGUCUCAGGACUUUGAUUUUGAUUCACCUGUGAUACCACAACUGAGAGUGUUCUGGGCUAGUAUUUAUUGGGGUAGGAAGAAUGAUAAAUCCUGUAGAAGGAUUAUCUUGUUCUCAUCCCCUCAGGAGACCCAAAACAACUGAGGUGCAGAGUGAGCUAACUGAAGAUAAGGAGGUACAGGUGCAGAGGUGAUACGGCUUGCCAGGGGACAGGCGGCUGCUCCUAGGCCCUCUAUUCCCAGUCUCUGACACGGAAUGCCACCCUUGUCGCCUGUGCUCACCAUCUCUGCUCCCUGGAGCCGUGUGGAAACUGAUGGAUUAGCUUCCGAAGGAGGACAGCAUAAAUAACCAUCCUCCAGACCUACAAAACCAGACAGACACCAUAGUGCCCGCUCAGCACUGUGGGAAAGACAAGUGUGUUCCAAGUUUAUUGUUCCUGAGUGGCAUUCUCAAGCUGUUUCAACAGUGGCCUGUUAUAGCUGCUCCUACAGUCUUACUUUGGCAUAGUGUUUUUAUGUAAACUUUACAAAAAAUAUAUUCUUUUUCCAUUCAAACUCACACUGUGUUUAUAUUCUGCCUUCCAAAUGACUGGAUUUCCGUGUGCACACACAGAAUUUUAAAACACUGUGGGUAUUUUUUCACAUGUACAGUUCUUUGUUUGUCUUUUGUUGUUUGUUUAUUUGUUUGUUUUUCAAGACAGGGUUUCUCUGUGUAGUUCUGGCUGUCCUGGAACUGGCUAUGUAGACCAGGCUGGCCUCGAACUCAGGAGAUCCGUCUUCUAAGUGCUAGAAUUAAAGGCGGUACCACUGUCAGGCCACAGUAAAGUUUUAUCCAGAAAUUUUUUCAGAUUUUGUUGAGCUGAACAAAGAAUGUUUAAAGAUUCUGUGUUUAUUUUGAAUUUGUGUGUGUGUGUUUUGAAGUAUUUGAUAAAGCUUAGAUUUUUAAUAUAUAGUUUUUUGUUGUUGUUCAUUAAAAUCAACCUGCAAUAUGGUUUCUAA